ACAAGCGUUCGGAUUCUGUUCGCUAACUAACCCAAACUAAUCCGACGGCUGAUAUUUGCACGAGUAAAAUUUCGACGGUGAAGAUUCGUAGGCAGGGUCGACGUGCCCGUACGGAUAACUACAUAACUGACACGACGUCGUUUUACGCGGGCUUCAGUUCCUUCAUCAUUUAUUGGGCUCUAUCUUUAUUGGGCCUGGUUUUAGGCCCAUUUAAAGCGCGUGUCUUGGCGCCCGAAUCUGCAAACUGCUGCUGGGGUUUUACUCCGGGAGGUUUAGGAUCAAACGAGAAAUCUUUCCUACUUUCCGAACGAAGACGACGCGUUCUCGGAUCCAGCUUUUGAUUUGCGAUGUACAAUUUCCUGAGAAGAGCUAUCUCCUCUACCGACAGAAGCUCGCUUUCCCGAACCAUUGCUGUUGCUGCAGCUACUUCCGGUCUUUUCUAUGCUAACAACAGUUCCGAUGCAAAAACGAGAUUCUCGCUGUCUUUUCCUGCACCUGUUUGGGAAUCCCUGCGGCAACCUUGGCCGAUUACACAGGACCUGAUUCAUCGCCCGGAUCAAUGGUUGUUUGGAAAUCUCUUUGCAUUUUCUUCUAGAGACAGUCCUCAAUCACCUGCUGCAGAUGAUGAGAAUAGGGUUCCUGUUGAACCUGUUGAUAGUCCAAAUCCUUGUCCUGGAUGUUUGGGCCGAGAUACCAUCGCCAAUGCAGCUGCAAGGGUUGGACCAGCAGUUGUGAAUCUGUCGGUUCCACAGGGUUUUUAUGGGCUCACUUCUGGGAAGAGUAUUGGAUCUGGGACUAUCAUUGACGCUGAUGGCACGAUAUUGACCUGUGCUCAUGUUGUGGUUGAUUUUCAGGGCAUACGUCAAUCGACAAAAGGGAGGGUUGAUGUAACUUUGCAGGAUGGUCGGAUGUUUGAAGGUAUGGUUGUUAAUGCUGAUUUACAAUCUGACAUAGCAUUAGUGAAGAUUAAGUCAAAGACUCCCCUGCCGACUGCCAAACUUGGUUCUUCGAGCAAGCUUCGUCCUGGGGACUGGGUAAUAUCUGUAGGUUGUCCUCUUUCUCUACAGAACACAAUAACUGCUGGUAUUGUCAGUUGUGUUGAUCGCAAAAGCAGUGAUUUGGGUUUAGGAGGCACACGCAGAGAAUAUCUGCAAACAGAUUGUGCGAUCAAUGCGGGAAACUCGGGUGGGCCUCUUGUAAAUAUGGAUGGAGAGGUCGUCGGUGUUAACAUCAUGAAAGUCUUAGCUGCAGAUGGACUUGGGUUUUCAGUGCCAAUUGACUCGGUUUCCAAAAUCAUCGAGCAUUUCAAGAAGAGGGGGAGAGUGGUUCGUCCAUGGCUUGGGUUGAAAAUGCUUGAGCUCAAUGACAUGAUUGUUGCUCAGCUCAAAGAACGAGACCCCACAUUCCCUGAUGUCAACAGAGGUAUUCUCAUCUCCAUGGCAUCUCCUGGAUCUCCAGCGGAUAGAGCUGGAUUCAGACCAGGCGACGUUGUUGUUCAAUUUGAUGGAAAGCCAGUGGAAACCAUCAAAGAGAUCAUCGAGAUAUUGGAUGAUAGGAUUGGGAAACCGAUGAAGGCAGUGGUCAAAAGAUCGAACAACACUCUGGUGACACUGACAGUCAUUCCUGAGGAAGCGAAUCCAGACAUGUGAUGCGAAACCCAUCUUUGUUGCAGAAGGAAUGGUUCAAGUCUCAAGAGGCGCAGAGCUAAUAAGUGGAAAUUGAAAAUUCAUGUUUUUCCAAUGUACAAAGAUAGCUUGGGUUUCUCCGGAUCAAAUACAAAAUUAGAGAACACUGUUCCCAAAUACAAAAUAUGCAUGUAGUGUAUGUAAUAGCAACCACAUCAACUUAUUUCAUGGAAAGCGAAUAAACGA